AUGCCAAGACAUCUGCAGCACCAACAAGCUUCAAGUGGCAACAGUCCAUUCUCAGAAGGAGCAAGACCAACUGAAACAGACCGGUCCCCAGUCGACUACGUCAAUUGGGAUGUCGACUGCCCGUCACGCACCACAAACUACCAAAAUGCCAUCGUCCCCGAGAAUUGCACACUGAUGAACAACAACGGGAAGUGGAACGAUGUGGGCUGCUCGUUCUCCUGCUACUCUGAUGCGGCUUGUCUCUGCAUGAAGCGGUGU